AUGGCACGCUUUCAGCUGUUGAUCUCGGUCUUCAUCGCCUGCUACCUUCGCGUAGCCACCGCCGACUACAACCAGUGGUCAGACCUACCAGACUGCGCCCACUACUGCUUCUCAUUUGCCGUCAAUAGUAUGAUGAGCGCCUGCAACUACGAUCUCGAAUGCGUAUGUGUCUCUCGCCGUACCGAUCUUGUUGGCAUAGCCACCGUCUGCCUCACGGGCAUGACCGGCUCACCCUGCGCCAACAGCACCGCGGCUCAGGAGCUCAUCUCGUACGGGAACAAUGUGUUUUGCAAUGCAUCGAACAAGGAUGGCGUCGUCUUCAAUGUAGUGUCGGGAGGCAAGACUUACAGAGCCGCACUCGAUUCGCAGGCGACUGGACAGGCUGAGUGGACCACAACGUACACCGCCAACGCGACCAGCACGCAGUCUCAGUCGAUUCAGUCCGGCGCUGCCACCACGUCUGCCCAAAGCUCGUCCACAACAUCGUCGGUGAUUUCGAAUUCAACUGCACGUUCCGCCACUACCCCAUCCUCCAUGCCACCUACCACCGCGACAACCGUACCUGGUCCGAAGACCAGCUACUCAACCUUUGUGGUCACCAUGAAUACAAGCAACCUUGCUCCCACAACCACGAAUUCCGACCACACCACGACGGUUACGGCUUCAGCAUCAGCAACGACAUCGAGCAGUGGCGGGGCCUAUAAGUCCGAAGCCGUGCGCAAUAUGGUCGGUAGAGCCUGGGAUAUCCUUAUCUUUGCAGGGUUAGUCACGCUGUGUGCGGCGGUUGGUUUCAGCCUGUAG